AUGAAGUCGACAAUUACUGAGCAAUCCAUCGUACAGGCACUGCACGACAUUUUGCCUUCAAUGCACGCGGAUACAGCAACGUUAAAAAUGGUGAUUGAGAAACUCGCAGUUCAUUUCGACGUGGAGUUUUUGGACCUAAAAGCGCAAUGGAGACCUCAGAUCAAGGCGUUAUUACCGGAUCUGAUCGGCCUUUGCGCCAGUUGGUGCGAAGAUAAAAGUGAUGGGGAUCAGCUUGACGAUGUCGAGGAUGAAGAAGUGCUCGAUUUGCGGCCGAGGAGGACGCGCGCCGUUACAAAGCGCCAUCUAGUGGAGGAUGAAGACGAUGGCGGCGACGAUAGUGAGGCAAGUGACUGCAGUGCAGGGGAAAGAGUUCAAGAUCAAGGGAGCGACAAUGAUAGAGGUGAAGACAAUGGUGCUUCUGUUGAAAGAAGAAAAGGAAGAGCGUCAGACGGCAGCAGCAAAAGAAAGCAAGAGUGUCAGGGAGUUGCGCCAGCAGAGAAAAAGUCGAAGACAAUUGCGCAGCCAGAUUUUGCCGGUCUUGCUGCAUUAAAAGAGCUUGGUCGCGCCGCGGGCGUUCUUAACCCACGAAUGUACAGAAUGCUAAAGGAUGCGGCAUCAAGUACAGAGGCAGAAGGCGUUCUGCGUGACCGGUUGCACGAUGCUGGUGUUACUUUUGCUGGCCCGUAUCCUUCGAGCCGUGACAUCAGCGCGGCCAAGAAGAAGCACGAGAAAGAGAAAGAGUUGGAGGGCAUUGAUACUAGCCUGAUUAUAGCGGAGGGACGACCGCGUCGUGGAGCGGCGCAACGCAUCUCGUACAAAGAAGAGCGGAUCAGCGGUGAUGAAGAAGUAGAAGAGGAGGAGGACGAUCGAGGGGAUGACAACGUCAAGGAACAUGCUCAUGAUGACGACUCUGCCGCAUGUGACUCGGACUCGUCGGAGGCAACGUUUUGA